UUGCUAGGGUUCUUCUCUUGCAUUUCAAGUUGGCCUGACUCCAUCAACACCAGGCUUGCCACCCUCUGGGGCUCCCUCAGCCCCUUCUUUAGCCUCACAUUGUUUCAGCUGGCCAGAGUUUUCCCACUCAGGCUUUGGAAGGCCCCAGGGUCCUGCUUCUCCCCAUAUUAUGUCCCCCACUGAUCUUUGUAGCCACCCAGGCCCUCCUCUACUGGAUGAGAAUAGUACCUUAUUUUUUAAAUGACAUCUGAACUAGCUGUGGCAAUCACCUAAUUAUUCCAAGGGGUUGCUUUGAAGGUCAAACAAGAGAUCGGAUCUGAAAGGGCUUGCACGCUUGCCAGACACUUGCCAGGGUCCCAGACCUACAGCCUCCCGGGUUUGCGCAGCCUGAGGAGAACGACCCACCUCCUGGCUCCUGGCCAUCCAGUUGCUCUGUGAGAGGUGAUGGCUGCAGCCUGGGCUCAGGGUCUGACCUCACUCUCUGUCCUCCUCCCUCCUCCUUCUCUCCCUGCUGUACCCCCCAGGCCUGGAGCUGUGUGACCCAACCCAGAGGCUUCGAGUGGCCCUGGCAGGGGAGUUGGUGGGGGUGGGGGGGCACUUCCUGUUCCUGGGCCUGGCCCUUGUCUCCAAGGACUGGCGAUUCCUGCAGAGAAUGAUCACCGCUCCCUGCAUCCUCUUCCUGUUUUACGGCUGGCCGGGUCUGUUUCUGGAGUCGGCCCGGUGGUUGAUAGUGAAGCGGCAGAUCGAGGAGGCCCAGUCUGUGCUGAGGAUCCUGGCGGAGAGGAACCGGCCCCACGGGCAGAUGCUGGGGGAGGAGGCCCAGGAAGCACUGCACGAGCUGGAGAACACCUGCCACCUCCCUGCAACAGCCUCCUUCUCCUUCGCUUCCCUUCUCAACUUCCGCAACAUCUGGAAAAAUCUGCUUAUCCUGGGCUUCACCAACUUCAUUGCCCACGCCAUCCGCCACUGCUACCAGCCUGUAGGGGGCGGAGGGAGCCCGUCGGACUUCUACCUGUGUUCCCUGCUGGCCAGCGGCACCGCAGCCCUGGCCUGCGUCUUCCUGGGGGUGACUGUGGACCGAUUCGGCCGCCGGGGCAUCCUGCUUCUCUCCAUGACCCUCACCAGCAUUGCGUCCUUGGUCCUGCUAGGCCUGUGGGACUAUCUGAAUGAGGCGGCCAUCACCACCUUCUCUGUCCUUGGCCUCUUCUCCUCCCAAGCUGCCAGCAUCCUCAGCACCCUCCUUGCCUCCGAAGUCAUUCCUACCACCGUCCGCGGCCGAGGCCUGGGUCUGAUCAUGGCCCUGGGGGCGCUUGGGGGGCUGAGUGACCCGGCCCAGCGCCUCCACAUGGGCCACGGAGCCUUCCUGCAGCACGUGGUGCUGGCGGCCUGCGCCCUCCUGUGUAUCCUCAGCAUCCUGCUCCUCCCGGAAACCAAGCGUAAGCUGCUGCCGGAGGUGCUCCGCGACGGGGAGCUGUGCCGCCGGCCGUCCCUGCUGCGCCAGCCACCCCCUCACCGCUGCGACCACGUCCCGCUGCUUGCCACCCCCAACCCUGCCCUCUGAGUGGCCUCUGAGCACCCUGGCGGGAGGCUGGCCAACACAGAACCGGCGGCAAAGGGUCCCUGGCUGGGAGCCCCCACGGGAGGAUGGAGGGAGGAGGCGGGGCUGAGAAGGCUCAGAGGCCCCUCUCGCCAGCCACAUAGGAGAGCUCAGAGGGCUGUCCCCACCCAUCUCCGCCCUGCUGCUUUGUGUUCCCUUCCUCCCUAAGAUCAGGGACCAGGAGCUCCGCGCCGUCACCACUGGGUCUGGGCACCAUCCUGUGCCCAAAGACAUCCCCCAGACCUCCGUCUUUCUUGCUCUUACCAUUUCUGUUUCAAUAAAGACAUUUUGAAUAAAUGAGCAUACCAUA